UGUGAAGAUUAAUUAAUUAAUGUUCCUGCAAAACAAGAAUUAAAUCCCUACUACCAUCAUUAUCACUUGUUGCUAGAAACACAGAGAGCAUAGUUCCAAAAUACGUUGUAGGGCUGAGCAGAAGCAUAACUGAAUUCCAUAAGUCACCAUGCCAUAAACUUACUCCUCUUCCGAUAUUAAGGUACUGAGUUUAUCAGUCUGUACAGCAGUCUUAACUUUCUGCAAGAGUCUUAAAAAUCUAUAUUCAGACAUGACUUUAAGAGAGCCACAAAUGUAUUCUUUUAAUAGCAGUGCACACACCUAUCAGAGAAUUCCAUUGCAAAGAUGCCAAGAACCAUUCCUACACUACUAUUCCAGCAAAACCUAAGUGAUUGUUACUACUAAACAAAUCAAGCUACCAAUUCAGUUCAACAGGAGGAGAAAAUGGCACCCCUAAUUCCCAACACAGAUGCAAAACUGUAUCAUCAGAUCAACGGAACCAGUUUUUGUGUAGAAGUGGUCUCCUGGUUCCAGUGUUCCCUUUGAUGCGGCAAAAUCAACAAGCUAACAAGAUUUCAUAACCACCUUGUGUAGGGAAGCUACUGAAAGACACAAUGACUGAAUUCUUGGUUUGCUUUAACUGGUGCAGUGGUGAGCAGCCCCAGCCAAAGAGACGUCGGAGACUAGACCGAAAAAUGAUUGGAGAGCCAAUGAACUUUGUCCAUACUGCCCAUGUUGGAACAAGAGAGAUGAAUAGUGGUUUUACAUCAGCUGGGUCAAUUCAGGACCAUAUGAAGUCAAAAGGUGGCUACACAAAUGGUACUCCUGCAAGUGCAGAACUAUAGAAAACUCGAAAGGAGAUUGAUGCACCAAUUUUUGAAAUUCUGGAAACUGAUGUUGUUGGAAGAACUCACUUGUUUGCACUAAUAGUAUAAGAUUUUCUACUGGAGAAUGGAGUAUUUCAUAGUGAUGUAACAUUUCUCUGACUCUAGUAGUUGGAUGCCCACAUUCUAACUAAUUCGUUGCUGGAACUGUACACUAGUGUUGCUUUUAACUUUAUAAAUUAGAUCUUACUUUUUUUGUCUUUAAAGCCCAGUGAAGUCUUCACAACACCAAGGCUUUUGUGAUGGAUACGCUUACAAAAUAACUGGGUUCUCCAUCCUAAAGUAGGUCCAGGUGACUGGAAAAACAGGUAUGUUUUUCCAUCACUGAGCUUCAGUGCCUAGCAUGCUCUCUCCCACUACUAUAAUAACUGCAACAGAUCUUCACUGUGCCAAAGUCUCUGAAAGAGGCUAGGUAAUGCUGGAUGGGUCUCAACAGAAUACUCGACUUUCUUCAGACUUAAAUUUAUGCAACAGCAAUUUAGAUUACCAAUUGAAUUUGACAUUAGAGAUGACAUUCUAGGUAUCAAGCAGUCAUGUAGCGUGGUGGGUGGGUGGGUGGUUUGGUUUUUUUGUUUUGGUAGUUGAUUGGUUUGUUUUUUUUCCAAUAGUAGUGACACCAGAUCUAACUACAAGUGACAGCCUGUCUUCCAGACACUUCAAAAAAUAAAACCAGUCUGAUUACUUUUUGUUUUUUAACUGCAUUGGAAGUUCUUAGAUAACUUUUUUAAACCGAAGUAGAUGAUGUAAUGGCCUAAAUUAAGUGGGGAAAUAGGCAGACUAGUCUUAAUCACUUCUCAAAGAAACAUACCACAUUUGACACUUAAAUGCGAAAUCGUAGUCUGGGUAUACUUGAUAAUGUGCAGUGCAGGCAUUUUGAGAUGUUGCCUCUGGCCUUCAUGACUAUUUAACUAAAGCAACAAGUUUAAGUAUCCCUUGAAGUGACUAGGUCCAUAAUCACUGUCAUAAGUGCAUCUUUACGCUUUUUUGAAUCUUGGGUAAUAGACAAUUGUCUUCUCAAACUAUGCAAUUGGUAUGGAUGCAGCAACUUAAAGUGGUCAUAACUUCCUUGAUUUCACUUAAGUUCAUGAACUUGAAUUAUCGCCAACUUUAGAGCAUUGACAAGACACCUGGUAAGUCAGUGGAACUCUCAUUUAUUUCAACAGGAGUAGGAUCAGGCCUGCAGGUUUGUCUUUAAAAUAUCUUUCAACACAGUGUGAUUUGACCACUGUCAUGCGACUCUCCUAUAAAUUAAAGAGGUCUUCUGUGACUGAAAUGUGUCAGUGUAUACAUAUUGCUAUAAGACCUGAUGUGAAGGCCUAAGACAGUGUUUCCCAAACUUGGGAUGCUGCUUGUGUAGGGAAAGACCCUGGCAGGCCAGGCCAGUUUGUUU